AUGGCCGCCGAUAACGAUCUUUCAACCAACGGCACCGAGUUCUGGCUUUAUGGUUAUGGGAGUUUGAUAUGGAAACCUCCGCCGCACUUCGAUAGAAGAAUCCCUGGUUGGGUAACAGGAUACGUCAGACGCUUCUGGCAAGACCACAGAGGCACACCGGAGGCUCCGGGACGCGUCGCCACCCUUAUCGAGCGUUCCUAUUGGGAAAAGCUGACCGACCACCACGAUUCCGCCCCGGAGCGCGUAUGGGGUGUGGCCUACCGGAUCAAGGCUGACAAGGUCGCUGAGGUCAAGGAUUAUCUUGACAUUCGUGAGAUCAACGGCUACAGUAUCCACUAUGCGCCUUUCUACCCGGCCGAUGGUUCCGAGCCGAUUCGAACUCUGGUGUACAUCGGUACCCCCGAUAAUGAUCAGUUCGUCGGACCUCAGGACCCUCAGGCUCUCGCCGCCCACAUCUACAAGAGCCGCGGUCCGAGUGGACUUAACAUCGACUACCUCCUCAGCCUUGAGAAAGCCCUUGAUGAGCUGAGCCCGGAAAGCGGAGACGUCCACAUCACCGAUCUCUCCAACAGAGUUCGGGCCAUCAUCGCUGCCGAGGGCCAGCCGCAAAUACCCGGCCCGCCCCCGGCGUCUGCUGUCAACGGCGAAUUCAAGCAAGAGGCUAGUGUCAGAGAGCAGGAGGAGACGGAGAAGACUUGCUGA